AUGCUUGAUCCAGACAUGUUUAAAGAUAUUAAACAAGUACAGGCAAAUGUACAAAACCGUGGAAUAGCUUCCAUUAUAAGUUCCAAUGAACCUAGAAGUGCAAAAUCAAAAGUACCCUCAAAGCCUAAGUUUAGAUUGUCGCCAAGUAAAAUGAAUAAUGAUACAAGUAAAAUGAAGGACAGUUUGCGUUCAAAUGCAGCACAUGAAAGCUCCGGUACGACGAAGUCGGACCCAUAUGCAAACGUUGUAAUGGCAUCAGAAACAGAGUUGCGUCUUAUGAGAAACGAUAAAGCUGCAUUCAGUGAAGAACCACACGCACCAGUACUGGAGCUAAUUAGUGCAAAUAGAAAUGAUGAAACACCAUUAAAUGAAAAGAUUCAUGAAUCAGAACCUGAAGUAUACAAUUCAAAGAUAAUGCAAAGAUAUGCAGUUUGUGAAAUGACAUGCGGUAGACGUAUAACAGUUAUGAAAGGAUCAUUAGUGAAUCUUAGAGUAGAUGUAAUGGAAGGAAGCAUAGAUGAGGGAGAAGCAUUUGUAAGCGAGGCUGGUAGUCUACCUGCUAAACAUGUGGUGCACGUGAAUAGCCCAAUCAAGAGAGAAGGGACGGAAAAUGAGCACAGAUUACUCGGACAAACAGUCAGGAAUGCAAUGAUGCAAGCAUCAGUUAAAAACGCCAAGACAAUAGCAUUGCCAGCAAUCAGUUGUGGAACUUCUGGAUUUACAUCGAAGAAGGCGACAGGACUGAUAGUGCGUGCAGUGAGAAACUUCUUUCGGGAGGACCAAUCGAGUAGUUUGGAGCAUGUAUACCUUGUAGACAUUACCCCACAAACUGCCAAAAGGUUUCAAGAAGCUUUGUGCCGUGAAUUCAAAGAUGACACGAAAUGUGUUGUAGAGGUGAUGAAAGAAUCCUAA